AUGCUUCGGUUCGAGCAGCUGCAGCUAAUGCAACAGGAGCAUCUGGAGCAGUCGCAGCAGUUCGAGGACCUUCAGGAGCUGCGGCGGCAAGUGCGGCAACUCCAGCGGCAGGUGCGGGAGGCCGGGGCGCAGCUGCAGACCUCCCAGCGGCUGCUGCGGCUGCGUGCGGAGCGGCUGCAGGAGGCGUUCGACACCCGAGGAGACGCGUUGCUGGCAGAGUUCGAAGCCUCCAUCCCGGACUUUGUGAGCGGCGCGGAGCGGCUGGCGAAGCGAGUGGAGCCGCGCCGGCUGGUCAUGACCAUGGCCUGGAAGGUUCUCAACGGAGCGCCCCUGAGCUGGGACGGCGUCCUGUCCGCGGUGGUGUACUGCGCGCUGCUCGUCAAGAGCCUCGGGGCCUGCGGGCGGCUGGGAGACUCGGAGAAGACGCGGCCCCUGACGGACCUGGUGGCCGCUGUGCUGCUGGCCGAACGCAGGAGCUGGCUCAUGGAGCACGGAGGCUGGGUGAGCGGUUACACACCGCCACCACCAACACCACCGCCACCAUCAACACCACUACCACCACCAACACCACCGCCACCACCAACACUACUACCACCACCAACGAGUGGGGGAUGA